UUUCAAAAGAAUUUUUCGAAGGUACCAUAUAAUACUUUUGUAUUUUUUCCCUUAAUCAAAUAAAGAGAAGAAUUCUUAUUUAUUUUGAGUUUAUACUUAAUAUUUGUGCUACUUUUAGUAAUAAUAAUAGUGUAAUAUUACGACUUCAUUUGACGAAAUUUUGAAUAUUCAAUAAAUGCGCGAGACUCUCCCCUAUAAGGCCUAAUUGACGAGUAAAAUCGCAGGUAAAAUCGCCUAAAAUACGACACAACUCUCCUCUUAAUGAGCAAUAAGUAGGGCGCACAUGUUAAUUGCCAGACGCUUUUACUUGUCAAGGGCUGAAGCCGUAGGGAGUGUAGUAUCGUAUUCGCCAACAACAUUUCAGUCGCUAAUUAAUGGGGAGGGAAGGGUUUUUCUGGACAUUAUUUUUUUCAUUCACUUUUGGGUUAAUGUAUGUUAUUCCCUAAUUUUUUUAAUCAGUGUCAUUCAAACAUUUUAGUUCUUUUCCUUCCUAUCCAACUCAUGUUUUGCAGACUAUGAAAACACUUUGCCGCCAAGUUGGGCGUCAAUUCACAAAAAAUGUUUUCAGGGGAUGGUGUUAUUUAGGGGCGAGUCUAUGCAUUAAUGGUUAAUAUUUAGUUAUGUAUACUCUUCAUCAAACAUAUUUUUUAUUUCCCAUAAUUUUUAUGCAACAUGUGAACAAGGGAAACAGCAUUAAUCUAAUUAUUUUCAAACUAAACCACAGCAACGUUUUGAGGUAGAAAUUUACAUCAUGUGCUCUAUCUAUAUGAUAUCGAGCACUUUGUGAACCAAAACACAAAAACACUUGUUAGAGUAUUUAAGCAAGAGACGGAGAUGAUAUAGCGUAUAUAUAUAUAUAUAUAUAUAUAUAUAUAUAUAUAUAUAUAUAUAUAUAUAUAUAUAUAUAUAUAUAUAUAUAUAUAUAUAUAUAUAUACACACACACACAUAUAUAUAUUAAAGACGGUUCUUUUGCCAGUAUGAAUAAGCAUAGUGAACAAGAUUUUCAUCAAGAGAAGGAAAAUAAUCUUGAUACGCUUUUAAUAUUUCCUCCUCUGACUCCAAGUUAAUUUUCUUAAAUGUCUUAUCUUCUUGCUCGAGGAACAAAAUCUUUCCUGCAAUCAUAACAGCUUUUCCUCCAGGAAAUCUUGAUGCUCGAGGUGAUACAUGAUGGUAGAACUUGGGCGCAUAAAAAAAAUUCCAAAAUCUUUUUAAGGUUUUCUGUUCAAAAUCCUCUUGAAGCGAGAAUUCAUAGAAACGCCUCCAUUUUCCUAGAAUGAGGUCAAGGCCUUCUAUUGGUGGAUCAUUAUGCUUGACCAGGUCUCCGUCACCAUGCAUGCGAAGAAUCUUACCAUCACGCUUGAUGUAUUUAUAUUCAAGAUAUGACUCCUGGUAAACUGGCGAUUCCUCGUUGAAAUUUAAUGAAAUUGUUUGAAACGAAGGCUGCCCUAAUCCACAGUCAACAAGAUGGAUGUCACCAGUGUUAACAAGAUCUUUAACGAUGACAGUAAGGUGGACGUUGAUGCCUGUACUUGUUACAAUAGUUCCGCAAAGAUGGGCAGAGUAUCCAAGAGCUUUCAACAGACGCCACGUGAACGUACUUUGCACACCACAGCCUCCACCCACCCCAGACAUACAUAUUUUAUCAAUUUCAUCAAAACUUGGUAUCUCCCGCUCAUUUGGAGGUAACGAUGUAAGCUUCAUCGCACUCAAUAAUUGGAAUGGAACUCUUUCAUAAAAAGUUUGUAUGACCUUGUUUAAAAAACUUUCUCGGUCAGUCGUUAGUUGCAAUUCAACAUCAUUCAUUUUCCAAGAAUUUUGAAGGAAUUGUAUUGCCUUUUCCCUUGUCAACAUGUCAUCUGAAACUUAAGGGCAUUAAUAAUGGAUUACUUGUAACAUUAGAGCUGUAUUUAUAUUUUAAAAACUCACUACCGUGUCGGACACUGGCUUUGAUUUUCUUGGCUUGGACAACAUUUAUUUGUAAAAUUACUUUGCCAAUUAUUGAACUCAUAAGAUGGGUCGAUUUUAAUUGUAGUCCAUGCAUGCUUUAUCAGAUAUACGUGGCCGCCACAUCAUGUUUUAUAUCUGAUAAAGCUGCUUGUGUUUUAAAUAGUAUGUAGAACAUGGAUCCAAUUUAAUUUGUUGAGGCAGACAUUAAGUAAAAAAAUAUCGCAGGCUUGAAUGGUAUCAAGAUUAUACCAAUACUUUUUGCAGUUACCGAAAGUAUUGAUAUAGCUCUUCUAGGGAUUCUAGUAUCGAUAUAAAUAAUCAAUAUUUAUUGAUUACUAUCGAUAUCGGCCUAUAUUAAAUAAUUUCUAAUUACCUGAACCAGUGGAAGAUUUAGACAAGUUGCGAGCCUCUGUCUGAACUCUGAAGAGCCUGCGAGAUAAUACAUUACAAGCUCCUUGCUUGGGCAUCAAUGUUGCAUUGAACGUGCAUGGAACAAAUUUCUGAACACAUCUCCUGGUGAUAGCAGACAUACAUCCCGAGAACCGCAAUGGAUGGAAUCUCAGCCCAUUCAACAUACUUUCAAUGAUUAAUUAUUCAAUAAUUUUAUUUGCACUGAACAGAAUAUCACCAAUGUACAUAUGCAUAUUAAUACAUUAGUUAAUAAUACAUAGCACUGCCUGCGCCGCAGGCUAGAUAAUUUGCAACAUUAUUUGGGAUCAUUAUAUAUUGCGUAACAGUUGUUGCGCAAUCCAAUAUUGAAACAUUUCAAAAGAAUUUUUCGAAGGUAUUUUUACUGAUACUUUAGUAUUUUUUUAUUUUGACUUAUACGUAACAUUUAUUAUCGCCAAAUGUAGCUGAAUAUAUUAUUAAAUAGUCAUAGUACUAGUAGGUAAUAUAAUAAAAAAAGAAAAAAAGAAAAAGGUAUUGAUUCAUUUUAUAUAAAUAUGACGAAGAUUCAAUUAAAUAUUUACAGAAAUGCUUGCUCUCUCCGUGACGAGUAAAAUCGCCUUGACGAGUGAAAGCGCCUAAAAUACGAAAGAGCUAUGGCACAUUGGGGUGCAUGCAUUGCAGCUUAAUAACCAAUUAAUUAACAAAACAUGUGCAUUGGUAGAUAAGUUUGGUUUAAUUACUGUAUAGUAUAUACUAUAUUAUAGUCUCCUCCUGAUGGGUAAAAUUGUCUGGUGUUGGACAGAGUAGAAAAUAAAGUAGAGCACUUUGGGGUGUAAACUAACCAGACUUUAAAUAGACAGAGUAAAGAGCAUAGAGCGCAUUGGCCAACGAUUUUACUUGUCAAGGGGAGAGAGCAGUUCGGUUAAUGUGUCUAGGGUUUCUUAACCCGGCCAUACAGAGUUGCAUUGUACUUCAUUACUCUGUUAAUAUAUUCAGUAUGUACGUACUCUGCAUCAAAUAUAUUAUAACCAUAAUUUUUAGGAAACAUGUUAACAAAAACAGAGGCAAUUGAAUUUCUUCAAAGUGAAUGGAAAAUAAAGGAUGUCGAACAACAACUGCAGAAUGACCGUGAAAAAUUUCUCAACCAGCUGAUAGUUACCGUUUAUGAAAGGGUUCCAUUCCAUGUAUUUUUUGCACACAUGCCACAAGAAUGGAAGGUAACUGGUUUUGCUGAUAUUGAGAAGUGGUGUAUGUCAGGGACUGGUGGCCAUUGUGGGAUAAUUAACACGUUCAUGUGGCGUUUGUUGACAGCACUUGGAUUCAAUGCAUACUUGUGCCUGACGAUAGUAACAAAGAGUACAUUAUUAAACCCCCACCUAAUUGUCAUUGUUAAAGAUCUCGUUAAAACUGGUGACAUCCAUCUGGUGGACUGUGGGUUAGGGCAGCCAUCAUUCAGAGCAAUAUCAUUGAAUUUUAACAAGGAGUCGCCGGUAUAUCGAGACUCAAUUCUCGAAUACAAAUACAUCAAAGAGGAUGGUAUGAUAUUCCGAAUGCAUGGGAAAGGUGACUUGGCCACACACCGUAAUCUACCGAAACCUUAUGAUUACUAUCAAGGAAAAUGGAGAAGAUACUACCUUUUUUGCUUGGAAAGAUUUCCUUGUAAAAGUUUUGAUGAUGUUCGGGGAUACAUUGAUGUUCGUUCUGGAGGCUAUCUGUUCUCACCCAGGGCUGCAUGGUUUCCAGGGGGCAAGGCGGUUAUGAUUUUGAACGAUAUGUUACGUAUUGAACAAGAAGACGGGAGUCUUAAAGAAACAAGAUUGACGUCUUAUGAAGAAAUACUCAAGGCUUACCAAGAGUAUUUUCCAACCAUAAGCAAAGACAUUAUUAACCAGUCAUAUUCAAUGUGGCAAAAGAUAAAAUCCAAAAUUUAACCCAAAAAUGUAGCAAAAAAAUGAGACUGAUGUAAUAGAAGAACUUUAUAAAUAUAAU